CUGCUUUCAUCAGAUUCUUGUUUUCAGGAGAAUGCUUUAAACUCUGAGGAUUCAGGUAAUUAAUAAGAAGACACCACAUAUCAGAAGACCCCCUGAGGGUGCUUCAGAAAUGGUGGGUCAAAGUUUCAAAGAAGCAGAAGCUGAGAAGCUGGGGGGCUCUGAGGUGGAGAACUUCCUAACAAUCUGAACCCCAUUUUCACUGCCCAAGCCGCUGUCCCAGUGUUCUAGGAUUUGAAAUCCAUGCCCACAGAAUUUCUGAGAAGCUUCUAUAAUGGUCUGUUCAACCUUCAUCCGAGCUGCCCAUGAACACAUCUACCUAGUAAGGAAGAUCAGUCAUGUCUUCAAAUGCCAUCAGCGUCGAGCUUGGGGCUCAAGGCCAGCUGCAUCCCAGUUUCCUGCCCAAGGUGCUCCAGGCUGUGUGAUAGAGCUGCUGGGAAAAUCCUACCCUCAGGAUGACCACACCAACCUUACCCAGAAGGUCCUUUCUAAGGUAGGCAGGAACCUGCACAACCAGAAGUACCACCCUCUGUGGCUGCUCAAGGAGCGGGUAAAGGAGCAUUUCUACCGGCAAUACAUGGGCCGCCCCAGGACCCCUCUGUUCUCCGUCUAUGACCAGCUGCCUCCAGUGGUCACCACCUGGCAGAACUUUGAUAGCCUGCUAAUCCCAGCAGACCACCCCAGCAGGAAGAAGGGGGACAACUAUUACCUGAACCGGGUGCACAUGCUGAGAGCACACACGUCAGCACACCAGUGGGACUUGCUGCAUGCAGGACUUAAUGCCUUCCUCGUGGUAGGUGAUGUGUACCGGCGUGACCAGAUUGACUCCCAGCACUACCCAGUUUUCCACCAGCUGGAGGGUGUCCGGCUCUUCUCCAAGCACGAGUUAUUUGCUGGUGUGAAGAAUGGAGAAAGCUUGGAACUCUUUGAAGAAAGUUCUCGCUCUGCUCAUAAGCAAGAGACACACACCAUGGAGGCCGUGAAACUUGUGGAGUUUGACCUUAAACAAGUACUGACUAGGCUUAUGACACAUCUUUUUGGAGAUGGGCUGGAGGUCCGGUGGGUGGAUUGUUACUUUCCCUUCACCCACCCUUCCUUCGAGAUGGAGAUCAACUUCCAUGGAGAAUGGCUUGAAGUCCUUGGCUGUGGAGUGAUGGAGCAGCAGCUUGUCAAUUCAGCUGGUGCUCAAGAUCAAAUUGGCUGGGCUUUUGGGCUCGGGUUAGAAAGACUGGCAAUGAUCCUCUACGACAUCCCUGACAUCCGCCUCUUCUGGAGUGAGGACGAGCGCUUCCUGAAGCAGUUCCGCGUGUCAGACAUCAAUCAGAAGAUCAAGUUUCAGCCUCUUAGCAAGUACCCUGCUGUGUUCAAUGACAUUUCCUUCUGGCUGCCCUCUGAGAAUUACAUGGAGAACGAUUUCUAUGACAUCGUCCGAACAGUCGGGGGAGACCUGGUGGAAAAGGUUGAUCUUAUAGACAAGUUUGAGCAUCCAAAGACUCACAGGAUCAGCCACUGCUACCGCAUCACCUACCGCCACAUGGAGCGGACACUGUCCCAGAGAGAAGUCAGCAGUGUCCACCAGGCUGUGCAGGAGGCCGCCGUGCAGCUGCUGGGUGUGGAGGGCCGUUUUUGAUGUCCUGGUUUUCAGGCUGUGGCCCUCAUGGACUUCCAAGACUUGCUGGAAACGGGGAAAGAUAUUGUUUGUGAGCUGGAGUAUCUGUCAUCUCUUGAUAAAUGCGUCUGCUUUAGGACUUUCAGGAAAUAAAGGAUUACUUUUGAGAAGCAUUGA